UCUCUUCUUCUUGAUACUCGUUAUUCUUUUUUUAAUCCGUUUUCGAUUCCCUCGUCCCGCCGCGUUUCCCCGCCGUGCAGCGCCAUCGAUUCAAACACGACGACAUCUUUUUCUUUCCGGCUCGUGCUCUGCUUUCGACCUUUCCCCUAGCUCAGCUCCAGCCUCUUCUCCGCAGUUCCAGUCGCCAUGUCGGUCGAAAUUGAGCCUGUUGAGCUUUCUUUCCGGCGGCCCUUCACCGUCGAGGUCGCGCAGAUCCUCAAGAUCAAGAACCCAAGCUCAUCGCCUUUGGCAUUCAAGGUGAAAACGACGGCUCCCAAGCAGUACUGCGUUCGACCAAAUGCGGGCCGUAUUGAGCCUGGCCAGGAUUUCGAUGUUACGGUUCUUCUGCAGGCGAUGAAGGCUGAUCCCCCACUGGAUGCAAAGUGCAGGGACAAGUUUCUCGUCCAGUCAGCCCCCAUUACUCCAGACAAGGAAUUCGCCAGCAUUGCUUCAGUCCUCGAAACGACAGAGAAAUCCGCCAUCUUUGAACGAAAGAUCCGAGUCAACUGGCUACCUGCAAGCGACAGCCCUGAUCAUGGCCCCACCGCCGUCGCGACACCUAUCAAGGCAGCCGCGGUGAAUGGAUCGUACGAUACUCCCGAUGCGCCUCGAGCCUACUCCUCUCCAUCUGCUGCCGACUCCCCCAACGUCGCGCCCCCUCCCUAUGCCAAUGAUGACAGGGAGGAUGAUGACUCCAGACCGCAGACCGCCAAGUCGGCCGCUUCCAAGACUGCCUCUGCCGCUGCCAGCACGGUUCUAGCGGGUAGCGACGAUUACAAGGCCAAGAUUGCCCAGCUAGAAGCUGAAUUGGCAAACUAUAAGAAUAGCGGCCUUCGACAGCGCAAUGCUAAGGGCAGUUCGGAGACUGAGAAGAAAUCGGGCGGAGCUCUUGCUCAGCAAACCAAGCAAGGUGUCGAGGGUGUGCCAGUCAAGAUUGUGGCCAUCCUGUGCCUCCUCAGCUUCCUGCUUGCCUACGUCUUCUUCUAAGCCUCCUCUUGAUGAGGAGCGGACAAGUUACUGUCCGAACUAAUGAGAAUUGAAGGGGGAGGUGGUGCCAAAGUUUAUGGCCAAUCUUGAGUUAGAGAAGCUUUUGUUUCGCCCAAUUGGGGGGCUAGUUUCGAAGCCUAUUUCAGCGGCAACGAAACCUGCAAAUCAUGAAAGACAACCCCGAUGAGCAAAGGGCCAUUAUUUCAUAUGAUGGAUGGGGGGGACGGCGCAUUGAUUUUGUUGUGUGUGUACGAAGAAAGUGGGAGAAAAGAUGUGUGAGCUGUGCUGUUUGAGCGAUGACAAAAGGGGGGGCUGGCAAAAAUCUUUCAUCCGCCCCCUUUAUACGGAGAGAGAGAGAGAAAGAGAGAACCGUGGUGGAAACAGGGCUGUCCGUGUUUUUGACUCGUUGAAUUCUCGUCGAGAGAGUCGAGAGAGUCGAGUCGGCAUGUUGUGCAGUUCUCUGUACUUUACUUUGUUUUGGCAGUAGUUUUCUUAGUAUCUCAUAGGCGUGUCUUUGCUCCUUUUUCUUUUUCUUUCCUGUCCUUCCUUUAUUUUCCUUUUCUCUCUCUCCUUUUUUUUUUUUUAACUCUACAUGUUUUUUCUAUUUCCUCGUUUUCGAUUUUGGGCUGCUUCAACUAUUUAUUCCUUUUGUAAGUAAUUCGGUGGAUCCAAGUAGAAUGCGUGCCUUGCUCGUCGGUGGGCAUAUCAGGUACUCAGGUAGGUAGAUAGGUAGGUAGGAUGGGAAAAUUUUCAAUUUAAUGAAAGUCUUUUU